AUGCUUUUUAAUUUCAUUUUUCUUUUUCUUUCUAUUUUAACAAAUAUUCAUUCGAAAUUAAUAACUUAUACAUUAUAUCAAACAAAUGAUAUAUGUCAACAUAAUUGGAAAGGAUCAAUUUGUUUACCAAUAUUUUCUUUCAAUAAAACAACUCAACCAUUAUUAAUUCAACUUGAUAUAAAUAAUAAAAAUCAAUGUCCAACACAAAUACUUGUUUAUAUUCGUACACAACAAUGUAUUUAUUGUUCAAAAAAUUUUCAUGAUAUUCAUUGUAAUCAUCAACGAAUACGACGAAUGAUACCAAUCAAAAAUGAACAUAUUCAUCAAUAUCAAAUAACUAUUAUUGGUAUUAGUCUUCUUACUAUUUUUAUUAUUGGUAUUCUAUUAAGUCUAUUUUUUAUUAAACGAUCUCAAGCACAUACAAAUCUACUUGAAUUAAUAAAUCAUCAAGACAAUUCAAAUUCUAAUAUAAAAUCAAUAAAUCAGAUAAAAGUAUCUAGAAAUAUUAAAUCAACUCAUAUUAAUCAAUCACAACCAAUUCGUUUAACUAUUCCGAAUAAAAUUAAAACAACGAAAUAA